AUGAAUCGUCGUGGUGGUAGAAGAGGAAAUAAUAAUUAUCGUGGUCGCCUUUCACGUUCAUAUAGUGAUAGAGGAGGACUUAAUUUUAUGGAAAAUAAUAAUGAAUCCAAUUAUCUUUCUCCUCCUUCUCCUAUUGCUAAUGUUCCUAAUACAAUUUCUUCUAUUGGAAGUGAUAAUAAUGGAAAUUUCCAUAAACGUAGUUUCUGUCAACAUUUAAGUAAUAUAAGUAAUCAGCUCUUUACUAUGCGUCGUAGACCUGAAAAGAAAUUUCGAUCGUCAACUAAUAUUCCUUCACUUGAUGUAUCUUCUAUUACAACUUCUCAAAGUAAAAAUGUCUAUAAUUCUCUUAUUGGAGCUCUUGAACUUAGAAGACUUUGUGAUGAACAUUACACAAAUAAUGAACAGAAGGAACGUAAUCAAUCUCAUGAAUCUGAGGGAAAUAACAAAUAUCUUGAACAUACCACACACGACAGAAUUAUUAAGAAAUGUGAAUCAAUAGAGUAUAAUGUUACUAAUGAAUAUUUAACAAAAAAUGAUGUUUCGGAUAAAAAUAUUAUUCAAAAAACACAAUCAAACUUGAUCAACUCAAUCAAUUCAAUUAAUUCAAUCGAUUCACCUCGAUCAAAAUCAUUUGAAACUUUUGUUCAAAAUUCCAUCGAUGAUAAUUUUUCUCAAAAAGAAGUUGACCAACAAAAUUCAAUUGAUGAAUUAGUAACAUUAAAAUCAUUAUCAACAACAAUAUCGCCACCUGCUUCUUCAAUUCAAGAUUCUACAGAUUAUUCAGUGAAAGUCGAAGUAUCAUCACCAUUAAUUGCUUCAUCUGAUUUCACCGAAUUCGUGAAAGAUUAA